CCCUCGGUGAACAUGGCAGCAAAGGCGAGGAGGAAGGCCAGCUAGGCAGUCAGACUGCUGCAGUCUGGGAAUACUGGUGCCAUUUUCGCAUCGCCGGGACGUUGCCAUCCUGCCUGACUGCGCCGGUCGCAUUGAGGACGGAGGCGGGCACCACUGCAGCCCCUUGUUGGAGUCAUGCAGUCCUUCAGGGAGCGGAGCGGUUUCCACGGCAACCAACCCUGCUACCAGCAGGAACCACAUGAAUUAUCACGCCUUGAGAAUUACAGACAUCAUCACGGCCAGGCCAGACAGGGCUACGAGACGCACUCCCUCUCGGCACCGGCCGCCGCGGCCGCAGGACCGGGAUCUAAGGAUUGCUACGGCCAGACGGCUUACCAGGGCUACGAUGCCAGCCCCGCACCGGCUAAGAAACAGUACAAAGGGGGCAAGACUUCGGGCCAGCCCCUGCCUGGCGGUUUUGGCAACCGUCUGGGCGCCGCCUACUUGGCCCAAUAUUUGAGUGAGGGCCACCUGCAGCAGAAGUGGGAGGACCCUACUCACCUGCCCCAGUACAAGCAGGACAUGGUGGGCAGACUGGAAGCCGCCACGGGCCCUGGGGGAACCACCCCCCAGUAUCUCGAGCAGAACGUGCAGCCCAUUUCCCAGAGUCAGUGCUCCCAUGCUGCCCAGCCUUCAGCUCCUAUAUAUACCAGCCACCAUCAGCAGAACCUGCCCCAGAACACCUCCCCCUCCCCUCUAGCCUACAGCCAAGGGCACCUGCAUUUCCCUCAGCACUCUCAGUCCCUGUCGACCUCCACAUCUUCCUACAUGGAGAAAUGCAGCUCCAUCCCCCACUGUUACAAAGGCUAUGCCAUGCCUCCCAACUCCCAGUUCAACCGGCCAGUAGGAAGCAACAAUAGCCUGAAGCAAAGUACCUACAUAUCCCAGAACAGCUACACGUAUCAGCAACCUGCUUCCAGAGCUGGGUACGACCAGCAGGCUUCCCUUCAGGGCAUCUCCGGCAGCCAAGAUGGCCUUUCAAAAUACCAACACUUCAGUCAGCAACAGCAAAACUACUGCCUUUCAGAUAUGGCAGUGAGGUCACCAGAGCAUUACUACCAGAACUGUAGCCCCAGCUCCAGCCACUCACCAGCCCGGUCAGUAGGAAGGUCUCCUUCCUAUAGCUCCACCCCUUCCCCUCUGAUGGUCAACUCCGAGACAUUCCAGUACAACCAGCAGCCAAUCCACACAGGAAACCCAUCCUCGGCAAAUCUCCCAGAACAGGGCCUUCUGAUGCCCCCGCACUCCCACACAUCCCCCAGCAUCAACCACCCUACGGCAAGCUACACCAGUUCCAUGAAGGACAGAUUCUCAGAGAAACUGCUGUCCAACCCAAGCCUGUGGAGCCUAAACGCCUUGACAUCUCAAGUGGAGAACAUCUCUAACAACGUUCAGCAGCUGCUGCUCUCAGAGGCCCUAAUAGCUAACAAAAAGGGCAACAAACGCAGUGGUACCAAAAAGGGUGAUGAAUUUAAGGGCCAGCUUCGAUCCCUUGAGGAAAGUUCAUGCUCAGAUGUACAGCAGGGCACCCCUGUACCAGAGAAUUUCAGUACUCCACAGUCGAUCCACACCGAGAUGCAAGAAGGAGGAUAUUCCAGCAGCUCAGAAGAUCAGAUGGAGAGGAACUAUUACUGCUGUGGCCAAAACAGGAGCCCAGCACAAGCAAAUGCCAACCCACAGCUCACCCAGGACCUGGUGUCCUCCUGCUCGCUGACAUCACCUAAUGACAUGUCCAAGUCAGAGGACUGCAUUCCCAGCUUGCAGAGUGCCCAGACCGGAGAUAAUCUAAAUGCUCUCCCAUGGCUGCAAAGCACACCGGCCCAAGAAUCUGUCAACGCCUCACUGACAAACACAGCAGAGAAGUCACCUCAAAGCACUGUCACUCCCAGCCCACAGGAAGCAGGGCAGAAUUCCCCACCAGCUAGGCAGGGUCAAGAGGACCCACUAAAGGAGAACUUUGAGGAGUUAGCUUGGUCAGAGAAGCAAGCUGAUGAAAACAAAGCGAUGAAGGAAACUGCCAUCGCCGACUACAACAACCAGACUGGGGUCUCUCAGGCAAGCGAGCAGGAGGAACAGAAGACUGAGCAAAAUUGGCCUGAGGAGGACAAAUGUCAGGCUUUGUUUCAUACUGUAAGCAAAGCUCUGGCUGAGAAACAAUAUCACAACGACAUGGAGAACAAACCAAACCAGUACUAUCUAGCCAGAGUGGAUUCUGCUGAAAAGUCAGAUGGCAUCUCCCACCUCACCCACAAAGGAGCCGCAGAUGCUGGCGAAAUAUUGAUGAAGUCGGAGAUGUACAGGUCAGAGAUGCCCACUGAUUCUGACAUGCCAGAAAAAACAAUGUCAUUCUUUUGGAGAGAUGACCUUGUACAAGAUCAAUAUUUAACCGUGAAGGAGGACAACUCAGAGCUCCCGCAAUUUACCACCAGGAGUGAGCUUUUAGAAGAGAGGCUUUUAACUGUCGAGAAGGAGACACGGGAGGCUCUUGAAGCGCAGCCCUCUGUCCUCUCCCAUCAGCCCGCUGAAGUGAGAAAGGAGAAGGAGACUCUUCUACCCUCUGAGGAGGUCAUUAAUAAUACAAUAUGGUCACGGGAGUCUGGAGACUUCUGCCAUCUGGCUGAGGAACACGGAGGCAAACCUCCAGUGAAGGCAGAGAACGCGACGCAAGACGCAGUGCUCACCGGAGCUGAAAGGAGGUCAGUCGCUUGUGAUUCUGUCUCCCUCUCACACUCCAUAAAAACCGCUUUCUCUGCCCUUGUGGAAAAGGCCACGCCUCCAGGUCAAGUCAGGGAACACACUGACCGUCGCGAUGCAGAGGUGCUAGAGCCCGACUCCCCCCAGUUGCCCGGCAAGUCCAUCCUGCACUCAGCACCUUCCUGGGCCGACACACCACCUUCCCCGAAAAAAGGCGAUGAAGACAUAGAGCCAGGAAUAAGCAGCCCUAGUGCGGUGACGCCCUCCACAAAGUCUGAGCCGGUGGCCCCUCUGGCGAACAUCAGAGUGCUCAACAGAAAACUUGGACGGGGAAGGAGAAGCCAGGCAACGAGACGGAUAGAAGCAGGAGGCCGAAUAAGAAGGCACCCCGGAAUGGAGGCAGAAGGGGUCACAGCCGAUCCCCAGACAAACACCCUGCCGUGUACAGAAAGCGGGCUUUUCCCAGAUCAGCCAAACUCCAGCCAAACACCCAAACGGUUUGCUGAAAACUUCCCAUCCAGGAUGUGCACCCGAUCCGUUACUGCUUCGGCUGCGCCCAAAGACUGCAACCACUUCAAAAGGCAACUGGGACCAAAGAUCCCAGAGAGAACAGCUUUGGAAUCCCCUGGUCUCCUCAAGGACUUAGUCACUAAGAUCAAGUGGAUGAGGCAAAAAGGUCCAGAGACCACGACUACGGAUGAAGCGAGCUGCAUGGGAAGCUUAACGUUGAACAGUCAACAGGAUGACAACCAGGACACUGCUUCACAUCUACCCCCCUUGACAAAAGACCAGAAGCCAAUGGUACUUAGGUCCCGGAAAUCCACGCAGGAGAACCCACUUAAAGAAAAGGGAAGAGAGAAGAAGAUACCGUGCCACCUUCCCAAGAAGAUGAAGGAACCCAAGAGACCAAAAGACACACUGCUGAAUGAUGAAGGCUGCCCAAGUCUAAAGCAAACCCAAGCCAGUGCACUGAAAUCUUACAGAACCUUGCCUACCUACCCUGAUGAGAAGACUGUAUCCCUCAACAAAAGAAAAUCAAGCUUCCAUUCAAGCAUCCCAUUUAAAAAACACAAAGGGAUGAAACCAGGCGCACCUGAGACAAAGGAGCUUCAUCUGCCAGCUACACUGAUGACCAUGAAAGGCCCUAAGAAGAAACUUAAGCAGGUGGAGCACCUUCAAGCAUCUCUGAGCAGCUGCCUUACAAAAGACAUACCUACCGUUAGCGGUACAGGUGAGAUCCACUCUACUCCUCCUCAGUGUCCGACAAAAACAAAGUAUCUACCACCAAGGAAAGGCAGAGGUCUAAAGUAUGAGGCAAUGGUACAAAAAAUCACAUCAGCGGGGUCGAAAAAGCAUGUUCCAUUUCCUCAAGCUGAGAACACUCCUAUGGAAGUGACCUCAAAGAUGACACAGCAAGAUCUAGUGCCAAAGGAGAUGGAAAAGCCCGCAGAGGUGAUGCCAGAGGACAGCAACAUGUGGCGCAUUGUUCCAAUGCCGGAUGCCGACUGUGCCAAAGCCACUAUCAGGAGGAGGAAAGGGGUAUCCACUGAGAAUGAGGAGGAAGUCAGGGUGGCAGCAGAAGCCGGGGUAGUGGCGGAAGCCAGCAGCCCCACUGUCAACACACCUAGGCUAGCAAAACAGCGAGCAAUUAAGAACAACUAUGAGAUGCACCUGAAGCAGAGGAGGAAAAGGAGGAAAGGUCCCAUUCUCCCCGAGAAUGUGACCAGCACAGAGCAGCAUGGACCGCGCCCUGCCUCUGUAGUGCCCGACUACACGGGGGACCUGACAGGCAGCUUACAGGCAGGCACAGCAGUCGGCGCAUGCAAAAGGGGAAAACGCAAGACACCCCCUGCAAGGAGGAACCUGGCAAAAGUGCUGGGCAAAGACAACAGCAAAAAGCAAAACAUUAUCAAAAAAUCGGGGCCCAAAAGGAGGAAUAAAAAGACUUCAAAACCAGGGAAACCUACAGAAAUGGGACGAAGAACUAAGGCAAGGCAGAUGGAGCAAAACUCUCCAGUGGUGCAGGAGAACCAGCCAGAGAUGACUUUAAAAUACAUCUUGUAUAAGACUCAGAAAAAUGAAAGCAGGCCCUUUUUCAGCCCAUACGUUCACAUUGACAGCUCAAGAAACUUUGCUUCCCUUUGUACCAUUGUCAACAGGCCUGAGGAAGAAUUGCUUCUUCUUCAAACCAUGAAAAAGAACUCCGCCAAAAUAAAGAACUCGGUUACUGUUGCCAAGGCAAUACCGAACUCCUCAGUCAUGCUGCAGGGGCCCUUAGUCAAUAAAAACCUAACUGACAGGUGUCUAACUUGUUGCCUGUGUGGAAAGCCAGCAAAUUACAGAGAGCUCGGGGACCUCUGUGGGCCAUAUUACCCUGAGGACAGCAUACCAAGGAAGACUCUGUCUCUCAGACACAAAUUGGAGUCCGCGGAUGACAGAGAGAAAAUGAGCUGCAGCGCGGCGCCAAGAAGCCCUCCAAAGAGAGAGGCUGUGAGUGGCUUUAGCUGCUGGGGAAGCCGCGGGCUCCAGUCCGGAGUGACCAGGAGAGCAGAGGGGCUUCCGUGGGGGAGCGGCACGCCACGGCCUAGCUUUCGGGAGCAGUACCGAAAGCUGCAGCGGUUCCAGAACUACGAAAGGAGACCCGGGGACGGCGACAGCGCCUCAACCCUGCUGCGGAGGAUACAGCUGGAGGCAGAGGCAAAGGAGCACUGGGCACACGAGGCUUGCAUUGUCUGGACUAAUGGCGUGGUUCUGGUUGCGGGAAAGCUGUAUGGCCUGAAGGAGGCUGCUCAAGCUGCAGCUCAAACACCAUGCUCGCGUUGCCAGAACGUGGGCGCGUCCGUCAGCUGCUGCCGGAAAGGCUGUCCUCAGAAGUUCCACUUCGUCUGUGCCAAAGAGACGGGUUGCUUGUUGCAAGAAGACAACUUCUCGAUGAAAUGUACAAAACACAAGGUUACAGUGGGAGGUGCAGCGCGCGAACGGCGGCGUUACCGAGCGCCCUUUAUAAUAAGUCGAAAGCACAAGGGCGUUAAGUCAGCUUGAGAGCCAGCCCGUCUUCUGAAGACCUCCUAUGCAGCGCACAGACGUGUCCCAGUGCUGUUAAGUCAAAAUGGAUUAAAGCGGGGCGCGCCGCAUACAAACUGAAAAGGGGAGGGUGUUGUGUAGCAAAACUGCAGCAAUACUGACGCUGGACAAAAAAGGCAGAACUGUACAGCAUCCUUAUGAUCGUGGGUAUUUCAGUUCUUCACGGUUUUUUCCCUUAGAAAGCAGCACUUAAGCAGAUUUCUUUAACGAAGUAGGCAACCUGAAGAAGACACCGUUACUAUAUGGUAUAUUUGGUCUACCAUAAAAUGGCAAUUGGAUGUGCUGUAUAGAAAAAACUGAGUCUGGUAUUUUGUUUGAGGGGCAAUUGGUUCAUCUACGGACUACGAAGGCCUACCAAGACACUCGGCACCAAAUUUUGCAGUUGUCAGAACAUUAAAAUGUGUUCAAAUGCGUUCGGAUUCAACAUGUUCGCUUACGUCUUAACAAUGUAUAUGGUGUGCUUUCCGGGAGUAAAUAUUCUGACAUAAAAUGUAUUUUAAUAUAAUGCUCUUCCAUGAUGUAUUUUGAUGUGCAUUUUAAAUAUAUGCCACAUUUGAAUCAUCGGUAUCUGUUCAGCUUUAUCAUUUCAAGCUGUUGAGUUUCACCGAGUUCAGCAACGCGAAUAUGUGUGAUCUUAACUGUGGGAGUCGACGAGAGAAACGAGCGCAUCACUGGGAGAACGGCGCUGGACCUCGUGCUUGCUGCACAAAUGAGCUCGCGAACGGCUCCUCCACGCUGCGCCUUUCAACUGGAGCUCGAGACCGCUCAUAUUCCGCGGGCUCAUCCUGAGAGCGUGCACGUGCCGCGACCCAGGGACAGAACCGGAUGGAGAAGCAGCUCAAGCGACUCGAUAUAAUUAAUGGCGAAUACAUACAACGUAGCCCGUUCAAUGUACUGCAAUGAUCUCAUUUAGGUUAAAUUUGUAACAGAUUAUAUAGAGAACAUACAGGCAACGUGGACAUCGCACCAAACGAUUCUUAUGAUAAUGAUUCUUUAAUAUAAUUAUUACUUAAUGGUGUACAUAAGUAUUGAACAAUGUUUAAAUGUGAUGUACUUAAAUAAUUGUGUAUAGUAUUUCUUAGAGAUGUUUAUUUUAUAUAAAUAAAUAUGUUAAUUGCCUAUAAAAUGUUAUUAAAAGAACGACUUAAAGUG